GUCACAGUCAGUUCCUCUCCGUCCGACCACCUUGAGUUGGCCAACAUGGCAGAACAGGCUCCCAGUAAAUCUGAUAUAGCGACGAUUUUCAAAAGAUUGAGGUCAAUUCCUGCUAACAAGGUGUGCUUCGACUGCGGGGCCAAGAACCCGACGUGGUCGAGCGUCACCUAUGGCGUCUUCAUCUGCAUGGACUGCUCGGCGGUGCACCGCUCCCUGGGGGUGCACCUGUCCUUCGUGCGCUCCACCCAGCUGGACACCAACUGGACCUGGCUGCAGCUGCGCGCCAUGCAAGUGGGGGGCAACGCAAACGCCGUGGCCUUCUUCCAGCAGCACAGCUGCAACACAACGGAUGCCCAGCAGAAGUACCACAGCCGGGUGGCACAGCUGUACCGGGAGAAGCUGCACCAGCAGGCGGCAGCCGCCAUGCGUCUCCACGGGACCAAGCUGCUUCUGGAUCACGUCGAGAGCCCUUGUGGUAGUCCGGAGACCAAGGAGGACAUAGACUUCUUCAAGGAGCUCGAGAAGGAACGAGCGGCCGCGCAGGAGCAAGACGACGCGCUCAACGCCGAGUGGCGCAGUGCCGGCGCCCUCUUUCACGCGCCGACGGAGCCUGUUCAGGUGACUCCAUCGCUGAGCAGCGCCGCGACUCCUGCGGCGACUCCGGCUCCGUCUCUGUCGUCCGGACGCAAGCCACAGCGCAAGCCAGGCAAGGGUUUGGGUGCACAGAAGGUGAGCGCCAACUUCCAGGAGAUCGAGCGGGAAGCACAGAAAGCGGACGAGAUGAGGGCUGCCGUGAGCACAAGCCAGGCCGGCGGACCCGGCGACUCAUCGGCCUCCAUAGGGGCAGAGGAAGCGGCACGUCAGCUGGCCUCCAUGCGGCUGGCCUACAAGGACCUGGAUCAAAACGUGCGCGGGAAGCAGGUGGACCCCCGCAAGGCGCAGCAGAUCGAGCGACUCGGCAUGGGCCUGGGCGGGGGAGGAGCCGGCGGGAGGGCGCCAGUGUCCCACUCGGCGCUGGCGGACAUGCGCACCAUCGCGCAGGAGGCGCCUGCCUCGUCAAACAGCGCCGGCGAUCGCGGAAACCACGAUGGACUCUCCGGUGGCGCGGGCUUUUUUUCGUCCGGAAACCACAAGUUCAACGAUGCGUUUGACGACAUGCGGUCACCGGCGCCGUCGUGGGAGACGCUGCUCUCGUCACCCUCCGGCGGCGAUCCCGACACGUCUUCUGGCCGCAGCAGGCGACCAGUACAGCCGCCAGGCCCCGUGACGGACGACGCGCAGAAGAAAUUCGGCAACGCCAAGGCCAUCUCCUCGGACCAGUACUUCCAGGGAUCUAGGGAUUCGGACUUUGAGAGGCGGGCAACGCUGGCCCGCUUUGAGGGCUCCUCGUCCAUCUCGAGUGCCGACUACUUUGGCGGCGGCAGUGGGGGCUCUUCGUCGCACGGCGGAGGAGGUGGAAUCUCUGGCGGUGCCAGCGGGCCUAACCUCUACGAGAUCCGCGAGGGAGUCCGGGACGGAGUGACUAAGGUGGCCUCUCGUCUCUCCUCCCUGGCCAAUGGUGUCAUGAGUUCCCUCCAGGAUCGCUACGGCUACUGAAUUAACCGCCUUGUGGUGGAGGAUCCCACCGCACCCUUUGGCCACCCCCGCAAGAAGACUGAACACGAAAGCUUUCACGUUACGGAAGAAAGGAAGGGGGGCACGUUGCGAUGACGCUUUGCAAAUAAAAGUGCCAUUUAUAGGUUUGUACCACCUGGCUUCCGAA